GUAUUUGAUAUGUGUACAGCCAACUGAGCAACAUAAUUUCGCAGAAUGAUACGAUGUACGACGAGUCUUGGUUGGGUGUUCGCACGGAUGGUUUAGCUAACGUUAGCAAGAAAGCGAAUUUAGCUAGCUAGCCAGCUAUCCGGUCAUUGUUUUGUUGCCUGUUAUUAGCUCAAACGGGUGGCAUAUUACAUUUUGUGUGUUGAGUAUAAAUUAAGACAUUUUUCAAGAGCACGUCAACCAUUUUACUUUAGUGAAAGCUUACUGGUUAGCUACCUAGCCAGUUUAGCUAGCUAAUUAAAUUAGACUCGAGCGUUUUGUUCAAUCUUGUCAACGUGAUCUAUAGCGAGCUAGCAGGCAGCCCACAUAGACAUUGGUUAAAAAACACUUUCACAACUGUCGUGCACAGUUUUCUCUUCCCAAUCUCAUCCACUAUUUUUGCAUUGAUACUAACUACUCCUCUGGAGCUAACGUUAGGUAAUUAGACUACAUAGCUAGCUAGGUAGCUACAGUCAGGAUUCAAAACUCCCCAUUGUAGCUAACCUGGAGUAGGGCGUGUGGCUAGCUAGUGUACUAUAGCCAGCAGAUUCUGACCCAACUGAUGUUAUGAUUGUUUAAACUGAGCUGCACUGGGGUCUACGGUAUUCAUUGUUAGAUUAAGACAAUGCGGAGCAGGCACGAGAUAUAGGUCGGUAAACGUACCUGCAGGGAUGGGAUGUGCCACUGUUAUGCAAAUUUGACCUAUAUCCAAACUGAUACAUUAAGAAGAUUGAAAUAUUGCUAUUUUACUGGAAAACUGCCCUUGUUCUAGGGCUAGAUUGUAGAAGCCACCACUGCCAUUCCAGCCAAUCAGCUCCUUUGUUGUGGAAUGGCACACAAUGGCUGCUGUGGGUACUGCUAGCUAGCACGAGGAUGAAAAGGCAGCUUUCCAGAAAAAAAUAGCAGUCGUUCAAUCUUCCGUGUUUAACAGGUAGGAUAAUGGGCCAAAUCGGAGUACAAUGCAAUUUCUAAAUCACUGGAUUUAGGUAUGUUUUCGACUCAGUGCAGCUCAGUGUAAACAAGUGUAACGGUAGGGUCUUAAUCUGCUGACUAGCUAGUUUACUAUCAUGUCAUGAAGAUAUCACUUGAAGUUCACCUCAAACAAGCUUCACAUGCAGUUUACCCAAUGCAUGCAUUACCUGAGACAUGAUGUAAAAGCAGCUAGCUACAGUAACCUAUGCCCUGACAAUAGAUUCUAAAUUAUAUUAAUUUAGUAGCCACUCUUAUCAUACCUCUAAUUGCUCCUGUAAAUCGCUAUGUGCCUGGCAGAUGACUUGUGGUUACUGGCCCAAAGAUCUUAACCGCGAGGCUACCUCAGUAAAUAUACCUCAGUAAAUGUUACAAGUAGGAAUGUGACAAAUGGACAAUUUUACUUUAAGGUGCGUGUAGCACCUAGGAUAUUUAGGAAUUUUUGGAUUGUAAAUUAAAAAAUGUCCAUAAUAUAUCUGCAUCAAUAGUGGAAUGAUAGUGUUUCACAGUCUUACUUGCCCACCAGUGUUGUGAUAUUCAUCUAUUGAUUUCUCCUGCUGGUCUGGCAUCUCAAAAUGGGGAAAACUGUUUUGAGUUUGUGGCUGUGUUGUCUAGGGAAAUCGGGUCAAGUGGCCAGUGUAGAAAGCGCUCUGUCAUUUCCUGGUUGCUAAAACUUGUACACGGUUUGCUCAAUUGCCAUUUGCGUGAGAAAACAUUGCUGUGAAAUGUCUUUUCGAUUUCAAUAACAAACAAUAUAGUUUUUACAGCUGUUUGAAGCUGGUGGACCAAAACUGAAAGUAAAAGGCGCGAGUCUCUGCCAAAUUGCAGGGGAUGAGGGAGAUUGGUUUUGAAUGCAGCCUAGUGGUGUUGUAAUUCACCGAUCUUCCAUUUAAUGUUGAAACUUUAAAAAAAUUGGUUUUCCCUUUAAACAACAAGAAAAUAAACAUACAAUUCCACAUCAAUUCACAAUGCAGAAUAAUGGUUAUAUUGCAUAUAUAUUAGAGGUUGACCGAUUAAUACGAAUGGACGAUUAAUUAUGGCCGAUUUCAAGUUUUCGUAACAAUCAGUAAUCAGCUUUUUUGGACACCGAUUAUGGGCGAUUACAUUGCAGUCCAUGAGGAGACUGCGUGGCAGGCUGACUAUCUGUUAUACGAGUGCAGCAAGGAGCCAAGAAGAGGAAUGGCACAGAUGAGGAAGUCGGGAUGUGACGGGAUAAGGACUAACUCCCGGACUGAGCUGUGGGUCCCACAGGUGUCGGCCAGACAGGAGAUCCUCACCAGCCUAGUGUCUGCGCUGGACUCAGUGUGUACAGCCAUGUCAAAGCUCAAUGCCGAAGUGGCUUGCGUCACAGUGCACGAGGACAGCGUGAUCGCCGUGGGAACAGAAAAGGGAAGAGCUUUCCUCAACUCACGGAGGGAAAUACAAACAGACUUCCACAAGUUUUGCAGGGUGCACUGUCUGCAAGGGCUGACCACAGUGAAUGCCCAUGCAAAAGUCCAGGAGAGUGAAUCCAGCAAGCUUGGCAAAGAGGGCGGGCACGGCAAACAAAGGGCGUCAACAGAUGCCCACUCUAACAUCUUUGUCUUGAGGAAAAUGGUGGAGGAAGUCUUCAGUGUGCUUUACAGUGAGGCUGUUGGGAAGAGCAAUAGCCUAGUCCCUGUGCCUUAUGAGUGGAUCCUGAAGGACCCCAGCUCUGUGGUGGCCCACGGCCUGCCUGAGGGGAUCGCCCUGAGGAAACCUGCUGAGUAUAACACCAAGACCUUAAUGAAGAUCCUGGAGCAGAGCAACCGCAUCUACUUCACUGUCAAAAGGGGAACAGAGGAGCCUUUGCGCGAGACUAAGUCCAGUGCCGGCAACGUCAGCAACCACAACUCCUUCUCGGGCACCACCAAGAUCCUAGCCAAACACGGCCCAGCCUCCAAGCCUGCCUCCACCGCCCAGGAAUUGUCCACCGCAUCAGUCUCGGCCAGCAACUCCAUGCUCUCCAGCUUCCUGUAUGGCAUGCCCAUGUCCUCCCUGCCGCACCCUGACGGCAAGCUGGACCUCAAGCCCACAUCCCUCCUGAAUCUGGACAAAGACCGCCUGGGGGCCUGGGUGGCAGGGGCGGAUAAAGGGAUGGCCGCCAAGGACAGUUCCGACAAUGUACUCCAAGGGGAGUUGGGCCAGAGUCCUCCCAGCAUCCACGUCUCCAAGCGCCUCCUGUUUUCCCUCGUACAUGAGAAGUCAGAAAAAUGGGAUUCGUUCAUUCGAGAGACAGAGGACAUCAACACGCUGAGAGAAUGUGUGCAGAUCCUGUUCAACAGUCGCUAUGCGGAGGCCCUGGGCUUGGACCACAUGGUUCCAGUGCCGUACCGGAAGAUUGCCUGCGACCCAGAGGCUAUGGAGAUAAUUGGCAUCCCAGACAAAAUCCCCUUCAAGAGGCCCUGUACCUACGGCGUACCCAAACUCAAACGCAUCCUGGAGGAGCGCCACGGGGUCCGCUUUGUAGUGAAAAGAAUGUUUGAUGAAAGGAUUUUCACAGCUGCUGGUAAGGUGGCCAAGGAGGAGGGGAAGCAUGACAUAAACUCCACCUUUGAGGACGGUUUCCCUGACAACCUCCAGGUCCCGUCAGCUGCACUGGAGCUGGUCACCAAUCCUCACAGCAGCAGAUCUACAAGCUCUUGUGUGAGUCCAUUGGCUGACUGCGAAGCAGGGCCUUCAGGAGAUUGUAUUCCCUUGAAAAAGAUUAAAACGGAACCCCCAGAUGGGGAAAUCAUCCAGGUGACUGUACCAGAUGCCAGUGUUUCAGUGGAGGAGCCAAGUGAGCCUCGGGCUGACCCAGUUGCAGCAGCAGUGUUGGCAGUGGCCACCCCGGCGCAGGCUGCUCCCUGCCGCCCUUUGGAGACCCACGCAGAUGAAGCACUUUCAUCUAAACCAUCUUCUCAAGGCCUCAGAAGAUCUUCAGAAGGAAAUCUAGCUGAGGACAUAGGUGAAAUUAUCCUCCAGCUUCGGAGGCAAGUGGAAAGCCUAUUCAGCACUAAGUAUGCCGAGGCCCUUGGACUACCUGAGUCUGCAAAGGUGCCCUACUCCAAGUUUCAGAUGUACCCAGAGGAGCUGUGUGUCACAGGGCUCCCAGAGGGCAUGACUUUCCGUAGGCCCAACUGUUUCGGAGCUGCCAAGCUGCGAAAGAUCCUGGCUGUUGGCAGCCAGAUCCACUUUGUUAUCAAAAGGCCAGAACUGUUAACAGAUCUUGUCAAGCUAGAACCGCCUCCACUCCCAGCCUGUGAUUCAGACUUUUUUUCCACAGACCUGGACUCCAAAGAUGCUUUGUCAGAAGACGUAGGGGCUGCAAUGCAGAGACCAAGCUUCCCAGACAGCUUAGAGGCCAAGCUGUCUAGGAUCGACCUGGCCAACACCCUGAGAGAGCAGGUCCAGGACCUAUUCAACCGGAAGUAUGGGGAGGCACUUGGCAUCAAAUACCCCGUCCAAGUGCCUUACAAGAGGAUCAAGAGCAACCCGGGCUCGGUGAUCAUCGAGGGCCUUCCCCCUGGCAUCCCCUUCAGGAAACCCUGUACCUUUGGCUCGCAGAACCUGGAGAGGAUCCUGGCAGUUGCAGACAAGAUCUGCUUCACCAUCACCAGACCUUUCCAAGGACUCAUCCCUAAACCAGCGCCUCGUCGGAUCACUUUAUUGAAGAAGGCCUACGCCUCAAUAAGCGAUGAGGAAGAGGUCAACUGUAUCGGUGAGAAAGUGAUACUUCGCGAGCAAGUGAAAGAACUCUUCAACCAGAAAUAUGGUGAUGCUUUGGGCCUGGACCACUCUGUCCUGGUCCCAUACAAGCUGAUCCGUGCCAGUCCCGAGUCUGUGGAAGUUAGUGGCCUUCCAGACGAUAUUCGCUUCAGAAAUCCCAACACUUACGACUUAGUCCGCCUGGAAAAGAUUCUUCAAGCCCGAGAUGAGAUCAACAUCAACAUCAAAAGCCAGCUACAGCCUUUUGCAGAAAUAUGCACCCAAACAUGUAACACAGAAGGGAAUGAGGUUUCUACCAAUCGACGCAAACGCAAAAGAGUCCUGGAGAGCAGCCGGGUGUCCUUACCCUCCGAGUCAGGGGUAUCAACCAAUCAGAUUCCAGUGAUGCAAUGGCCCAUGUACAUGGUGGACUACAGUGGAGUGAAUGUGCAAGUCCAUGGGAAGGUGAAAUACUAGUAGAGGAAAAAUAUGCUAUGCUACAGGAAGAGAAUAGACAUGAGAGGACUUUAUCAAAGCUGUACUUAUAACCACAUCUCCAAGUUUCAGCUUUGCGCGUGUGCUGUUGCUUAAAUACUCUUCUGACUGAAAAUAUAGGUUUGGAUGUGUGUUUUGGAAUGGUGGCGAUUGCCAAUAUUAGGUGGCUUGGGUGGAAAGGUGAGGAGGAACUAUAGAAUCUGUGCAUAAUUUGUUGCAGGAUGCUUUCUUUUAUUUUGUCUUCCCCCACAAGUCCUGAUGGGCUUUCUUGAUACACCUAUUUCAAUAGUGCUUAAAAAAAACACUAUUCAAACCGACUGGGGUUAUGUUAUGGCACUAAGCUUAUGGAACUCACAAUUACUCACCCUUUUAGAUCAUUUUUAUCAGAUCCAACAUGGAGACUUUCGUUACGGGGUGUAACUACGGCACAAAUGUAUUGGAUCAAUCUGGUUUUACAACAUUCAGAUAUUUGUAUGAGUAUUUAUUUAUUUAUUUUGAAGAUGGAAAAAAAACAUGUGCAGGGAUGUAAAUUACAAUGUUCAGUAAUCUAAGUACUGAAUCAAAUGUCUCUACAAUGCUAACUACUACUGUAUGUAACUCAAAAAGUAUAUCAGUUGAAAUAUGUUUGCCUUCAGGUGUGCGUACCGGUAUUCUCCGUGGUAGGAAUAACCCAAGGUGAUAGCACUAUAUCUAAGAACAAUUUCAUAUUUUGUAUAACUACAUGGAUUUUCUUUUAUCACAGUACUUGUACAUGGAGUUGAGAUUUCUCAACUCGGCUUUUCUUAUGUUUGUUCCACAUCUGCGCUAAGUUGAAAUGUCUCAUUAAGUCAACAUGAAUGUAACGUGUGUAAAAGAAAGAAUGGUCUGUGUUAUCCUGUAACGAUUGUCUCUGGAUUCACCAGUAUUUAUAUGCUGUACCUUAAUGCCAUUUAGGCCUUUGAAAUAAAAUGUGUUGCCUUGCACUUUCA